AUCACCACCAAGCAAGAGGAGAAAUCAAACUAGACUACCAUAUAUAAAUCACAAUGAAGAAGAAUAACACUAAAGCCAAGCUCCUUCUGGCACUAAUUCUGAUGGCACUUCUACUUUCAGGCGCUGAAGGAGGGAGGUAUGUACCUGAGGAGCAAAGUGAGGUCAUUGCCAAUAACCAGUUACUCUGGGGUUGGUUUCGUCUUCCACACUAUGGCUGGCCCUCUCAUAAAGGAAGGUUUGGUCAUUUUCCUCUCAAAGCUGGCCUCAACAAACAGAACCCCGUACACGGAUCUCCGACUACAGGUGAUAACAAUGUUGCUGCAUCCACUGUGUUUCCAUAACUAGGUGACGAUGCUUACUAGCACAAGGUGACCUUAAGGUGUGAAUAUUAAGGCAGAGCAAUAAAGCAUCGAUUGAUAGCUUCUGUAAUCUAUCUUUUGCUACCGUUGUACUCUAAUCCCAGUGCAUGGAGAGUUCUAAUAAAUUUCUCUUAAAAUU